CCAAACAUCUUUUUUCCCUAAUGUUUUUUUUCUCUCCAACCAAUCAAGAAUGAGGAGAGACCAAAAGUUAGUAACCUGAAUGAUCACGACUGAGUCACCGGGGCUGUCUGGGAUGGGGAGGAGUGUGUGCUGCUGGUGCUAAUAUGACAGUCAUAAAUCCCUGAUUUAACCUCAGUGGAAGUCUGAGAAUCUGCAGCCGAGGUCUGAACCGCCAGCAGGCUGAGCGCCUCCUCAGAUGCUGAGGAAGGAGGGUGGAGGCAACACGAAAAAGGAAAAGGAGGUUUCAGCACCGGAGCUGUCCGUUCUGCUGCUCCUGGAGAACGCUCUAUUCUAUCUAAUGUCUGUCUGUUUUUCUAAGGAGGAGCUCCGAUCUCUCUGAGGAGGAUAACAAACUGCCAUCCAUCUCCCUGCAGAACGGGGGAGAGCAGAAAACAGAAAGGUGCACAUACUUCAUUCGAGUCUUUGCCAUGCUGGACGGCCGGGCUUGAGGCAGAGAGGAUAAAGUCCCCCUCCUUCCAAAAUAACCAGGCUUGGUUGUUUUUUUCAUCCCUUUACGCCAUGGGAGUCCUCAUGUCAAAGAAGCAGCAGGUGGAGAAGGUGCAGAAAUGCAGCGCUGUCGUCUCUGCCUUCCAGGCUGGGAUCAAGGAUCGCGCUGUCGCAGUUAAGCAGCCAGAAGGAGAUGCAGAGGAAGGCGAGGGGCCUGCCCAGACAUCAGCCAAUCAGGAAGAAAAAAGAACAGAGGACGGCGGGCAAGAGGAGACGGACAACAGCGCGGGUCCGUCCACCUCCCAGCAGGCCUCAGCUCCGGCAAGGGACGAGUGCAAAGUGAACCAGGAGGCCUGGUCAAGGUUACGGGACGGGAAAGGGGUCGAGCCGGAAGACCUGGAGAAGAGCCAUCAGCUCACGCCGCCUGCUUUCGUUCGACCUAAAAGGGAAGCUGACGAUGACCAGCCUGUAGAGGUGGAGCUGGAAAAGAAAGAGCAGCCACCGAGCGAUGAGAUGUGCGAUGUGUGCGAGGUGUGGACGGCCGAUGACUUGUAUCCCUGCCGGAUCUGCACUCGAGUGUUUCACGACGGCUGCCUGAGGGAGCUGGGCUACCUGCGAGCCGAGGCCUUGCAGGAGAUGAGAGAUACAGCCCACACUGUUACUGGCUGGAGCUGCUACUAUUGUGACAAUCUGAAUCUACUCCUGACAGAGGAAGAGAUGUACAGCCUCAUGGAGACCUUCAAGCAGUGCAAGAUCAUCCCAGAGUCAUGCCUGGUGUCAGAUGAGCUGCUGCAGUACCGCCACUUUGUCUCCAAGCAGCAGUUUGAGAAGGACCUGACUGAUGAGCAAGAGGAGGAAGUCCUGGUCCAGUUUGCUGCGCUGGAUCCGGAGAAGAAGGGUCACAUUGAAUGGUCGGACUUCCUCUACUUUGAGUCUCUGGCUGUGUUGAAGAAGUUUCGCACGGAGAACUCUCUGGUGCGUCUGUUGACCGCCAAGGAAAGAGACAGCGCAAGGUCAGUGUUCCUGGGUCUGGCUCUGGAUAAAGAUGGCGUGAUCUCAAGAGCCGAGUGCCGCCAGGCCCAGCAGUCCUGGUUCCACAACCUCAACAAAGACUCACAGUCCUGCAAUGUGAGACUCAUGGGAUUCUGCUCUCCUAUGAAUUGUGGCAUAAGUAACGUAGGCCCCAUAUGUGAGAGCAGCCCGGCCAGCUCUGGCAGUGAAAGGAGCAAGGCUGAUGAGAGCAGCGACUUUAGGCAGCGACUACAGGGAGCCAGCCACCAUUGCAAAGAGAAGAGCUACUCGAGAGAGGCUGAAGUCUCGUCUAGCCUUCUAACAUGCUUGGACCAAGGUCUGACAAGGCCAGUGACCUGGGCAGACUUUCUAAGGGAGAGUGCCAUCUUUAUUCUGGCUGCACGGCCCAAUAGUUCUGCCAUGCACAUCCGGCUGCCUCUAUAGUCCAGGACCCGUCCAGCAGAGAGACGGAGAGAGAUCGAUGAGUGGGGGCAAAAGACCGACCAGAUGAGUGGGGGCAAAAGACCGACCAGAUGAGUGAGGGCAAAAGACCAACCAGAUGAGUGGGGGCAAAAGACCAACCAGCUGAGUGGGGGCAAAAGACCGACCGACCGACAUGCUGAAGCUCGGCCAUCGACAGCAUCUCUCCUCCUUUGCGUCACCUCCACACCACAACACUGACAACACUGACUGACUGACUGACACACCGACGAGGAAAGUGACAGCUGCUGCUGCUGCUGGGUCCCAAACUCCAAAAAAACACCAAAAACUGACAGCUAGAACUAUCAGAAUUUCAGCUAGAACAGGACGAGGAAGAACUGCCACCCACUGGGAACUAGUCGGUCGGGGAUGUUUGUGAAAACUUUGAGCGAGUAUCAGUCAGACAGACGGGCUCCAGACUGGACCUCCAGCUUCAUAAUGUACCUUACCAAGUGGGUCCAUUAGUGUGACGGCAGGCUGUUACUCUUUCAAAUAUUCAAUCCUUUCAGGCCUCAUCAUGUCCUAAAGCGUACUCUAUUGUGUUAUUCACCAUCAAAAUUGUUAGUCACGCUGCUGCACAGAGGCACAUGCAAAUAGCACCCACAAUUUAAAGUCUGCUGAUGAACCCCUACAGCUACAUUAUCAGAACAUAUAGCAAACAACAAUGAAAGCUAUCUGCAUACAUUAUAUUAGGCAGAUACUGCUAUACAUGCUAGUAUAAAUUAUUAUUGUUAUUAUGCAUUAAUCAGCAGGCUGUAUUUAUUCCUGUAUCCCAUGGUGUAUCCUCUGUUUCCCCCAUUUUCAUCCAAGAAUCUGGGUUCUUCUGAGGAUAACAUCUGUUAACCCUGUAAGUGACAUGUAUAUACUGACUACCAUAUAUUUGUCGCUCCUCCUGUCCUUUUAUUGUCUUGUUUUAUGUCCAUGUCAUUAUUACUUGCACUGAGGGAAUGAGCUGUAUCUAGUUGGACUGUUGUUGUGUGAAUAACCGCCACUGUACUGAAAUGCCGUAAGACAAUGUGAGGUCUUGAGCAAAUACUCAAAAGUACAUUAGUAAAUUCUGCAGAAGCACUGUUUAAAAGAGUAAUUGCUAUGGAAAACAUGUAGGGAAUUAAUGUUCACCGAGGUUAUACGUUAAUUUCACAUGAAACUGCCCCUAGAAUCAUAUCACUGGAAACAUAACUAUAGGACUUCAUGUAGUGUUUAUGCCAUGUAAUAAUGAAGGCUCUAUGCCAGGUCGUCCUAGUGAAUAAAGUAUGGAAAUGACAUGAAACUUGUGUCAUAAUGCUGAAAUAAACGCAUGGCAUUCAGA